AUGAAUCCUAAGGUAUAAGUAGGGAUUUCUCAGAACAUUAAAGAAGUAAAUGUGAAAAGAAUGUUCAAAAAUUACAUCAUAAGUCACAUUAAUCAAAUCAUUAUAAUCCUUUAGUAAUACCUUGUGAUUGAUAAUUAGCUGAAAAACAUGCAAAAGCAAGAAGAGUAGCUUAAGAAUUAGAAAUUGAUGAAUAAACUGCAUGUCCUUGUUGUGGAUAUUCAAUAGAAAGAAUAGAUUUAUAAUAUGAUUGUGAUACAAUUGAAAUGAAAUUUUUAGGAUCAGGAUUUCCAUUGUUUUACAUGUUUAUUAAAUAUUGUAUAUUUAUUUUAGUUAAAUUUUGGUUAUUGAAAGGAAUGUUUUGUUUAGCUACAAGAUUUAAUGGGUGAUUAUUGUUAUAAUUAAAUAAAAUUACAAAAAAUAAAGAAUGAAAAUCAGUAACAUCAUAUACAAAAUCAUUCAAAUUAGCAAAUAGAAAAUCAUUUAAAUUAUAAUCAUUAACACAAAAAAGAGAAUUCAAUUUGUGGUGGAUCGUUGUGGCAUUUUGUAAGUUUAGCAAAUGUUUAUGAUAGAUAAGAUAUAAAAAGUUGGUAAUCUAAUUUAUCAUUAGUUGUAGUAUUAGCUAAUAUGUUUUCAUUUUUAUUUUUUAGAAAAGCUUAAAGAAGUAUUGUCAUAGAAGUUGAUGAAUCUUAAUUGACUCCAACGGAUUAUACAAUUUGUGUUAAAAAUAUUCCAAAAUUAAAUGAAGAUUAUUAAGAAGUACUUAAGAAUAUAUUUUAAAAUUAUGCAGCAGAUGGUAGAGAAUUAAAAGUCACUAAAAUAGUUUUAGUUUAUAAUUUAGAUGAAGUAAUUGAUUUAGAAGAAUCCUUAAAAGAAUUAGUAAGAGAAAAGUAAGAAUAUUUAAUAGAAAAUGGUAUGAAUUUCACUGAUUUUAAAGUUAAAUAAUUAGAUGAAAAAUUAGAAUCUUUAGAACAUAAAAUUCAUUAAGUUGAACAUGAAUUAUUUAUAAAUAGAGAUAAAUUUGCAGGUAUUGCAUUUAUAAGUUUUUAACUGAAGAAAUGAAAUAAAUUGUAUUAUAACAUAAUCCUCAUACAUCUUGG